AUGGCGGACUUGAUCAACUUUGUUUCAAAGAGAGAAAUUGAUGCUAAAAAAGAACAGAGACGAAAAGCAAGGGAAGACAUCCUCAAAAAGGCAAGUCCUGAUGAAAUUUUAUGAUUCUUUUCAGAUUUUCAGGUAACCUAAUCCAUGUCAUGCGGAAUUCUCUCAUGGUAAAGGUCGUUUCAGGCAGUGGAACCCUGGAAAAAUGUUCAAAAUAUGUAACUUUAAAAUUUCAUUUACAGCUUGAAGGGAACUUCAACUGCUUAACUGAAAGUCUUAAUUGAAUAUCCUUUACUUUGAAGGCUAAGGAAGAUUAUGAACGAGAGCAGAGAAAAAAGGAACGGCGGAAAGAAACUGGUGAAAGCUCGUGGAUGCUUCCUUCUCUUAGUAAGAGACUAGCAGAAGCCGACGAUAAUGAAAAGGUAUUAAGGGACGUAUUCACCAUUUUCUGAUAGUCCAUAAUGCGUCUUGUUUACCCCCCAAAAUUUUGUAUAACCAUUGUUCCCAAUUUCUCCUGGGUACUACAGUCGUCCCAAGAGAAAUAUAAGACAAUGGUUACAGAGAUUCAAACCCUGUCAACUGAAAAGAGGAAGGCUUUAGGAGCGGCAUAGCCACUCCCACAAGUGCCGAAGGCGCAAGCCUCUAGUGGGGCUCUGGGGGCAUGCUCCUCUGUGAAAAAUUUUAAGAUAUGUACCUCAAAGAUGCCAUUUUCUGCAUUUUCUGCACAAUUGUUGCAGGCUCAUGCUCGGAUGCCAAAAGGUAUAAAAAUGGCUGAGAAACCACAAGAAAAUGGCAAAGAAUCAUGCUAAAAAGACCUUUUAAACAAAGAAAACAUUAAUCCUUCUUUGGCUUGGAAAAGUUUCAAAAACUGGGACAAUAUUAAGUGAAAACGGGAGACCGGAAAUAUAUGCUGAAAGUGGAAGGUUUUGCAGCCAGAACAGGAGGGUUGGAAUCUCUGUGGUUAUGCAUAAUUUGGGGGGGUAAACAAGGUGCAUUAUGGUCUAUGUGAAAAUUGGGAAUACAAAAUAUGGUCCACCCCUGUGGACCACCCCCUAAUUUUUGAGCAUGACUUUUAAACAGAGGUCUAAACGAGUUUUAGGAACCGUAAAGAAGGUUUACAACUCGAUUGUAAAAUGCAUUUAAUGGAGCAUUACGCCCUCAAUCACCAACAUGUAAUGCAACGUUAUGCCAGCCCUUAUCACAUCUGGUAGAGUUUUACUCAUAGUAGGUAAAAGUACUGUGUAGUUCGUGAAUUCACUUCCACAGUUGGGGACAGAUACAAUAGCAAUCCUUGUUUUUGUCGCCGUUGGGGCUAGUUUCUAAUGUAUCACUAGUAAAAAUGAUUUUCCUCAUGCAUAUCUCGUGGAGCACUUAAGGUGCACGUUCUGUUCAGUGGUACAUCCCUCUGAUAGCAGUCUGACUGUAAAAGGCUUAGUAAAAAUCCUCUGUCAUUCCGAGCUGUAUUGCUAAGUUGCAAUACUUCAACCAUCCUAAAGUUUUGUCAUUCCCACCCAUCCCUCCCUUCAGAGGUUUUGUUGUUGUUUUCAAUAAUCAUGGGCUCACUGCUUUCUUUCGCCUUCGGUUUAAGUCUCACGGUGACUUCCCCGAGCUUUGAUUUUAAUGCAGCCAGCAAAGUCAGAUAGUACUGUUGAUAAGAUAAAGUUCCUAGAACAGAAUAAUUUCCUACACCAUUCCAUUAAGUUGCAUGAUGCUGGUCAGAGGUUUCAGCUUGUACUUUGUAGUGCCGUGGAGUGAUUAAGUUUUUUUUCUUUUGGACCUACCUGAACUUGUCCAAUCUGGUGCAGGUAAAAUAGCACUGGGGAGAUAAGUAAUGCUUUAUGGUCAUGCCAUGGAAUAAAAUUUUACAGAUUUUGCACAAGUAAAGUAUUGUCAAAUUUCACGGGCCUAAAAUCACACCCGAUACAAUGAUGAUUUCAAACACAUUAAAAAGCAAACUUUAAGCUGUUAAAAUAAUAUGCUUUCAAAGCUCUGGGAGCAUACAAGUACACUGUAAUAGAAAUGAAUUUUUGGGAAUGAAAAAUUCACGGAGCACUAGCUUGUGUGUAAGUUGACCUUUAUGACCUGACGGUUGAGAAGUUCGGCACUACACAGAUCAAUAAUUAUUAUUCUCAAACAAAUGUCUCAGCCAAUUGCAAAUAGGUUAUUUAGGCAAUCUCAAGCCGCACAGUGAUACAUCUAGAUGUUUCAUUAAUUUACAUUAAGUGGAAAGUUUUAUGCCAUUUUGUCAGCCAUAAAGAACUCUUUAGGUGCAUUAUUUAAACUUGCUUCACUUUAAUGAAACAUGUGGGUCCAGUUCGUAUCACAGAACGACAAAGUUUUCAAAAUCUAGACAAAAAAUUACAUGUACUAUCUAUUCUGUCUAGUAUAUAAGCAGGUCUACAAUUUGUUUGUUUGUACCUUGUGCCUUUGUUUGACUCCACUUCCACAAAGAAACUAAGACAAACUACAAUGAAAUUCCUGUGCACUCGACUUGUCACAAGUCAGGUGAAGGGUCCAUUUUAGACCUGAUUGCAUUACGUAAAUGUGACACAGCUAUUAUAAAAAAUCCAAAAAAAAUUCCAUCUCUGUCCUACAUGUUAUAGAGAAGAGACUGGUGGUGCAAACAGCUAAUAAAGAGUGUCAAGUCUUUGAAGUCACCACAGCCCCAACUAGUCAAUCUUGUUUUCUCUUUAAAUCAAAAACGUUUUUUUUAAUGUGAGCCAAUGCACCAAGCUCAUGGCUAUUACAUAUAGGCCUGGAUUGGAAACUGUAUCCAAGCAAAAUGUAGCAUAUGUUUGAUUCAUACAGAGUCUUUCUGUUAUUGAGCAAGUGGAAUUUUACAGCCAUUUGUAUGAUGGACGAACUUGACCCCCACCUUACAAAUGUCUAUAAAAUUUUGCAACUUUUGGAAGCUAUAUCUUCACUCGCUUUAUACAUAUCACUUUAAAACUUGGUGAGUUUACUAAGGAACUCUAUUGAGAAUCAACCUAGGUUGAAAAUAACUUUGACCUGUAACGUAUGCCUGCAGACAACUGCUUGGUUAGAAAUAGAAAACUCAAGGUUAAGUUAUUAAAAUAGUAAGCUAUUUGGACGUGCAUAUUGUAAUCCUGAGCAUGUUUUGGUUUUCGUCUUCACAAGAACACGUCAAAGAAGAAAAAACACAGAAAAGACAAGAAGCAAAAAAAGUCCAAAAAAGAGAAAAAGGUGAGAGUUGAAUUGUUUAUAUUGAAUAAUUAGCAAUUAAUGAAUGAGGCUGAGUAGGAUAUGAAGAUUUAAGCAGAUCGAGGAGGGUGUUAUCCACAGAGGCCAAAGGCCGAGGUGGAUAAUGCCCUCAGUAGUAUUACACCUGCCCAAUAGUAUUACAAUGUAUUUUUGCUGCUUUUGUUAUAAUUUCAGCUGGCAGUAUUAUCAGCUACAUGUUGUACUGUAUUUCUUCUUUGCAAAAGUAAAAGUGACUUACAUGUAACUGUUUAUUGUAUUGUCAAAAAUCUUCCAACUUUGGCUAACGCUAGGUGGUUAUAGGAAUUAGCUGCAGAUUAGAAACAUUUUGAAUGAAUAAUAAAGUGCAUUAUGUACUUUAAGGGGGCAGCAUAAAAAUGUAGUGAGAGCAUCAGACUUGCUUUUAGACUGCAAAACAGUCCGUAUUUUUGCGUAUUCAAGUAAGCACAAGCAGUCAAACAAAAGGUCUGGAACAAGGCUGAAAAUGGAGAGUGAGGCUCAUGCACUUCGCGUGCAUAAGACUCUUACACCACGCUUUACCGAUUUCUUUACUGAUUUUGAGAAAACAACUGACUGUUUUGCAGUCUAACUUGAUUUCCAGAGGCUUUGAAUUAAUGUCCCACCUUGAACUCGCGCUGGAGUUGUUUACAGGGUUCGUACAGAGCCUUGAAUAGGACAAUUGCACGAUUACGUCAUUUUACUACAACUAACAGAAUCCUUGAGUUUGUUGUUUUCUUGUGCAAAUUAAGGCUACUGUUCUUUAAUCCUCAGCGGGAUUGACAAAUUUAAAUAACAAAGCAAAACCGAAAUGAAUUCUGGUAGUUGUAGUCAAAUAUCAUCAUUGGCAAUUUAUUGUCCUAUUCUUGAAAAAGUCUUGAAAUUUGCCCAGCAAUUUUUUAGAGCUGGAAAAGUCUGGAAAAUAGAGAUAAAGUUUGAGAAAUGGUAAAAAGUCUUAAUUGUUUUUUUUGAAAGCUGCAACAAUUUAGUAUAGUGCUUUGUAAGUGACUCUUUUUUUCGUUUUGGUCAAAUCUUAUUCAAUUUUGCUCAUACGCUUGUGUAAAUCAUGAAAAUAGCUUUGUCCCUGCAUUUUUUAAGGUCUGUAUCAAUAUAUUUUAUUACCAGUAGGCCUACCACGGUUUUUGAUGCCAACUUGAAGAGUAGGCAACCAAGUGAGAAAUUACAGUGUUUUAAUGUAUGAGAAUCUAAUGUUGAAUAAUUUCCCUAAAACGGCUGCUCUGGAAAUAAUAUGAAUUGUAAACUAAAGCUGCACUCUUAAUGAUUUUUACAGAAAAACAUUUGAGGGCAUUACAUGCAGCUUCAAGAGCUAGAACCAGUUUUUAAAAUGUUCUAUACAUUUCUGUAAAAAUUUUUUCUUCCUGCCGACUAAAAUCUCCUGGGAAAAAUUGCAGACAAAUAUGUAUGGAAAGUCUAAAGCAAUCAUCUGGAAAAAUUUAAGGGCAGUAAUGGCCCCCAAAAUUUGUUAGUAAGAUCCUUUGCUGUGUAGCUUUAGUUUACAAUUCCUAUUUUUUUUUUCAGUACAGCCGUUUUAUGGAAAUUAUUAGACAUUUGAUUCUCAUACAAACACCGUAAUUUCUCACGUGGUUGCCUACUCGUCACAGUGUUAAGGCUUAUUUGAUAACCUUGAAUCUUGAAAUUGUUUCAGAAAUGUGUGGAAAAAGUCUUGAUUUUUGAGUCCAAAAGUCUGUACGAACCCUGUGUUCACAUAAGUCCAGAGUUCAAAUCAUCAUCAUCAUCAUCAUUAUCCUUGUUUACUUAUUUCCUUUGGUUCAUUUGUAUUAUAAUACUCACAAAUGGCGUACAUAUAUGGAUCAUGGGUAUGGAUCAUAACAUACAUGUAAAUUCAUCAAAAAAAGCCUGCUUAACAAUUUAUAAACAUUUCUUGUUCCAACCCAAAAAUCCCACACCUUUUUCAACUUACUUUAAAACGUGCCUUUUAUUGUUCUGUUGUGAUCUGAAAAAUAAUCUAGUGUUUUCAGUGUAUGAAAAUAACAUAGCAUAUCAUUCUGUCAAUAUAUUGAAAGGAAAGACUGUCCCUUUUAAAAUAUUGUUACAUAUAAUUGUGUUCAGCAUUUGCACACAUAGCAAUGUGAAUUAUUAAAAUGGAGGAGUGUUGAUGUUUUGGUAUCAUCUUAUGAACUUUUAGGAUAGGAAUUCUUAAAAUGUUCAACUAUUUGUAGCACAAGAAGUCAAAGAAAGAUACCACAGAAGAACAAGGCUCAUCAGAAUCUGUAAGUGUCUUAAGAAAGUGGUUUUAAUAAUGGUCUGUGACAGACACACAUGUAUAAACUAUUUUUCUUUUUUUUGUAUAACUGUGAAAGGUUUGAACCCAGGAGUCGUUUUAUAAGUACUCAUUUCAUAACCACCACCCGGUUAGCUCAAUGGGAUAAGCGCCGGUCUGCUGAGCGGGACGCCUUAGGUUCAAACCCCAGCUGGACCAACACUCAGGGUCUUUAAAUAGCUGAGGAGAAAGUGCUACCUUCGUAAUAAAAUCUGCAAACGGUUAGACUUUCUAGUCUUCUCCAAUGAGGAUGAUAAACCAUAGGCCCCGUUUCACAAGCCCUUGCACAUGUAAUAAAUCUGUAGGAUGUUAAAGAACCCACACACUCUUUGUAAAGAGUAGGGCUUGUAGUUCUUAGUGUAGUGGUCUAUCUCACUUUCACACUCAUGUAUAAGGGCAUCAUUACUCAUUCCUUCAUUUACCAGUCUUGUAAACUGCACCUUAAGCAGUCUGGCAAAGUCCCCCAACCAGUGUUGUAAAUUAUCCCUGAAAAGCCCUGAAGGGAGUGGAUAAUAAGAUAUUUACAAUUUACAAUUUCGGUCAAGUAUGAUCAUCCUGGUGAACAUAGUCCUGAAUAGGACUGUAGUCUGUUGUUGUUCACAGUGACUGACAUUGCGACAACCUGUGCGGUAGUCAUCCUCAGAGUCAAAGUGAGUUGUAUCACGUCAGUUCAUAGUAGUAAACUCUGGUUAUUCACCUCACUAGUCAAUUAAUUUGACCAACGUGCAAAGAAAGUAGUUUCCGAUAGCCAGGGGCUAGUGAAUUUUGUUCUUAACUUGCCCGACGGGCUCAUGAAGUUUUUUUGAGGAAUCCAAUUUAAUUACAGAAGAACAGUGAAAUCAAUUCUGCUCAUCAAAAUGUUUUUGGGGCUAGUUGAAAUGACAUUUGGGUUAGCAUAUUCUAGCUUCAGCUUGCCCGAAAGGCAAGCUUUAAAAUGACUUUUUUGCACCCUGCUAACUAACAGUAAACAACUGUUUAACUAAUGACAAUAGAGGGAUGAAAUGCACCUAUGACAGUAGGAGUCUUCAUAGCCAGUAAGAUCGCAGCUGAACUGACAGACGACCAAUAACAUCGGAACUUAGUUGACCAAUCUGGUCAAUAACCAGAGUUUAACACCAUCAACUGACGUGAUAUGACUCACUUGACUCCGAAAAUGACUACUCCACAGGUUGUUGAAACAUCAGUCAUUGUGGACAAUAACAGACUUAUUCAGGACUAUGUUCACCCUGAUAAUCAUGCUCAGCCUACUUGCGUUUUUUGUAUAGUUGGCAAAGACGAGGGCCAGGGAAUUAAUCUGGUGGUAGCUGGAUACAGAUGUUCUCGAGGGCUUUAUCAUGUAUUCCUCCCAAAGCUCUAAGAAUGUUAACUGUGAAUCUUCUGAGAUGGUGCUUUUUCUUUCACAUUAUGAUGUCAAUUUUCAUCGUAACUAAAACAGCACUGUAAAUUGUUAAAAUGUUAAUCAUAACUAUAACAAAAUUCUCAAAUCUAACAGGGUUUGAGCCAGGCCGCGCCAUUGCGCCAAUCCCGCACUGCAAUUGGAAUUGUCCCUUUAAAAAACGGCCAAGGGGACAAUUUGUCCCCUUCAAAAUUUAGGGAAAAAACUCGAAAGGAAGCACACACGAAGAGAUUUAUUUCAGUACAGAAAUUGCAAGCUGAAACAGAACGUGGAAAGUAUAUUUUAUCGCACAUUUAAAGUUCAUUUCAAAGUUACGUUUCAGUCACGCUCUACUGCUAUUUUUGUCGGAAAUCUAAGACAAGUUAAGACAGGGCUUCUGAUUCUUCGCGCGGUCGCGGAGCCGCGAAAUUCACAAAAACACGAAAAAUACCGCGAAAUUCGGUAGAAAUCUUAUCAAAUACAUGUCUGUACAACAUAUUUGAAACUUAUUUUAGCUAUAGGGGCUAUUUACUUGCCGUAAACUUGCAAAUUUAUCUUGGAACUUCGGCACUGAAACAUGCAAACAGAUUAUGUUGCGAAAAACUGGGCACUAGCCAUGAUGUUAAAGGCUUUGCCAUUGGUUCAUUUCUGGAGCGUAUUGUUGUUGAAAGAGCAAAUGAUGACCUCUGUUAGAAAAACGUUAAAAAGGCUGGUCUGAUCAGCGCAAAACCGAUCGAUUUGUAGCGAAAUUUGCCUUGAAAAUAACCACAAAAUCGGCCGUUUUUUACCGAUUGCUUUUCGGUGAAGUUUGCCCCGAAAGCUCCCUCGAAAUCGGCCGAUUUUUCCGGGAAUUUGUCCCUAAAAAUCCCGCGAAAUUUGACUUUUUCUUCCGAGACCUAUCAGAAGCCCUGCUAAGACGACAAACCCCUUUGCAUCAGCAGAAGGGUGUACAAAUUUCUGUCCCCCUAAAAAAGAAAAUGUCCCCCAAAAUUUUAGCCAAGGGGACAAAUUGUCCCCCAGUGAUCAAAUCCUAGCUCAAACCCUGAUCUAAAUGGGUAUCAACUGCCCUGAUUUCAGCCUUUCUAGGACAGUUCAAUGGGACGGUAUGCAUCAUGCCUAAGUAAUUGGACAGUACGCGCCAGCACCUGUGAACUCAAAUGGUUUUUUUUUUCACUGCUGGCAAAAAAAGGUCUUGGAAUUUCUUGUGUUUGAUUUAAAAAAAGAGCCUUAAAAAACUCAAAUUUUGUGAUAAUUCGGUCUGUAAUCAUACUCAUAAUCAUACUCGUGAUUAAACAAAUCGAACGACCGCGUGAUUUUAUCACUCGUAUGAUUACAGACCGAAUUGAACUCCGGUCAGUCCCGUUACCAUUACUAAUUUUUUAGUGUGCUAUAAUCAUAAAAUUAUUUUGAUGGCUCAUCCCCCAGCUACAUUUUAGUGAGCAAGAUGAAGCAAAUCCUGUGUUCUGCUGACUGGUGGCUAGAAUGAGCAAUCCUGCUUUUGAUUUUCAACUUUGUUCCUGCAAGAAAAAAUGUUAUUUUGGUCAAUAAUAAAGCCUUUUUUGACCAAUCUUGCUCAGACGGGAUGGGUGGAUAAUGGCCUUGUUCUUAUCGUGUUUGUCUGUUUGUUUGUUGCUGUGGACGAAAAUGAAAAAACUUGGCCACUACGUUCGGCCGUCUUGACCUAUCACUUAACUCAGAAACACGUCCUAUUUGUUGUUGCUCGUUUUGUUUUUUGCUGUUGUUGUUGAACUUUAUCGUUGUCAUUAUUGCUUUAGGAAUCGGAGGAUGAGUGGGUGGAAAAAGGACAAGACCCAACAACAACCAACACAGAGACCAAAGAGAGCUCUUCUUCAGGUCAACCUCAGGUAAAAGUCUAUACUCUAUGUACAUGUGGAGGGGGACAUUGGGGGUACCCAAUACCGCAAGACCGUAAGAAAAAUUAGUAAGUACUGACAGGAGAGCGCAAAUGAACCGUGUGGCAGUGCCGUGAAGGGUCUUCCUUUACCGAAUACCAUUAGCCAAAAGGAUAAAAAAAACUGCAUCCCACAGGGAUCGGUGAUACCGUAAUACCGCGAAUUAAAACUAAAAUUACCGAAAAACCUCUUGAAAAAUAGCCCAAUACAGUAAACACCCGCAUAUAAGAACACACGAUUUCGGAGGUUAGGCUGAUUGAGUUCUUAUUUAUCGGGUGCUUAAUGACAAAUCAGCCUCAAAAUGUUCUUAAAAUGUUCUUAAAGUUUUAUUUAGUAAUACUAUCCAAAACAUGUUGCUAGAGGUAUAUUUAGCAUAUUUUAGGAAAAUAAAAUAAAUAAUUAUUAUUCUGUAAUUUGAUUGUAUUGACAAAUGAAGUUAUCUGACAGCAAACAUAACCUUACAUGUUUUGUAAUUAUGACACUUUUUCCAUUUUAUAAGAACAUGUUACAAUUUUCAGGCUGAUCUUGUUCUUAUAAAAAUGGUGCUUUAUUGGCCAAAUUUCAGCCUGGUGUUCUUAAUCCAUUUGUCCUUAUAUGCGGGUGUUUACUGUACCUCAAUAUCGUAAACCCCCAUGUCCGCCUCUACACAUUUAACAAUUAUUCCUCGAGCCCGAAUGGGCUCUGAGUCAAUAGCCCAUGAGGCUGAAGGCCGAAUAGGCUAUUGAUUCAGAGGUCAUGAGGGCAAGAGGAAUAAUUGUUUUAGUGAAAUUCAACUAGUUGGUCAAAAAAUCGAGACAAAACAACUUAAGCCAGCAAAACGCGAUUCAGCCGCCAUUGUUUUGGUUUUCAAAGCCGGCGCCUUUCACUGCUAGUAGGCUAUAACAUAUAGCCUAGGAGUAGCUCAACCAAUUAGAAUCCUUACGCUAUCUUUACUAGUAUACUUACAUGUAGUGUAACAUUAUGGCAGGUUGUAUCUCAUUAAAAGCGAAAAGGCAUUUUUUUUCCUCCCAUUUUUAUGGGAAGUUUACCUCUUAUCUUGGGGAACCUUACUUCUUAAAUUGUACACAUGUAAAAAGAACUAGUGAUUCAAGAUCAGUAGUUCUGAUUACCUUGGAGUGAAUUGCUUUAGAAUGAACAUUGAAAAUCUUCUGUUCUUGACAGCAGCGUGACAGUUGGAUGCUGUUUCCUCCAAUCACGUCAAGCCCAGAUCAAGCGAUGGACGUUGAGGACGAAGAACCUGAAAAAGAGGAGAGUCAAGAGGAGGACAGCAAGUUCAAAGCUCUUUCUUGCAUAGAUCAAGUGAGCAGUUUGGCUUAAAUGUAUCUCAGUGGGUUGAAUUUUACAUGCAUUGUGUUUUUGCCAGUUCACUUGCUACACUGUGUAUCCAAUACCAACAAUGAGUCUCCCCGAUAGGGUUCUUCAAUCCCGUCUUCCCACUCAAAACAUUUCUUGCAAUACCGUAACUUAUCCUGAUGGUUAUUUUUUGUAUCCCGUGUCCCGUGUAUACUUUCAAUCCCAAAUCUAACCCUCGUCUGGUUUUAAUUUCGGAGUCCCAGCCUAUAAAUGCGGCAAAUCCAGGGAAACCUAUUGGCGACCAACAAUGUUAUUAUCGCACUUGCUCGUGUCUCAUCUAGCAAACCUUUGCAAUGAAAUAGGCAAUCAGAAUUUUUUUGUUGGUUUGUUUAAUCAUUCCUUCUGGUUUUAGUAGAACUAUUCUUCGUAAGCAUAACCAUCCUAUGCCGCAUUGUAACGUUUUUAACCCGUAGACUACACUGGGCACCAGAGGUUUUUUCUCGUGUUCGGUGAUCGAGAGCGGCGGAUGUAACUUGAAAAGUCCCUGGCACCCAGGGUACCCUUAAACACAAAAACGCACAAACUGUUUUUUUUUUUUUAAACACGUGGCACCACUGACUGGUUUCUUUAGCUGAAGAGGGGUUGCUACAAGAGCAUGGGUCGCGACCGCCACCUUUGCGCGGGAAAAACAAACCUUAAGGAUUUGGUUGACCAAAUUUACUUCCGGUUGCCGUUCUCCGAGGCGGCGUCCAGGGUAUAUUAUAUGUAUCCCUAUAUUCUAUGCAUCGAUCCAGAGCUUGAAAAUUGUCCCGUCUGGUUGUUUGGGAAAAGGGAAUAUUUUCCUUCCAGGCAAGUAACUUGACAGACUUACUUGCGGGGACUGAUAGGCAAGGGUUCGGCCAAAUUGUCUUCUCACUAAACAGUAAACUGAGGCAAGCACGUAACUGCACCCGGCAUUAGCAAAUUUUGAAAGUUACUUGCCUGAACUUCAAGCUGCAAUUCAAGAUAUUUUCUCAAGCACUGUGUCCAUUCAGGGUGCAAAGAAAGUCAGUUUUAAAGCUUGCCAUUCAGGCAAGUUGUGGCUUACAUUUACAAGCCCAAAACGGAUUUCAACUAGCCCCCAAAACUUUUUGAUAAGCAGGAUUGAUUACAUAGUUCUUCUGUAAUUUGAAUUCCUCAAAAUACUUCACUUCCCCAUCGGGCAAGUUAAGAACACAAUUCACUAGCCCGAUAGCGAUGCCACUAGUUCCGGGCUAUCGAACACUACUUUCUUUGCACGUUACUUUUGCACUCAGCAUUGCACUCUAAAUAAUUGUGUUUCUCGAUACAGUUUGCAGUAACUUCCGUUUCUUAUACUUGUAUUUUCUUUCGCCACUUCCACAGCCAGGACAGCAUCCAAAAGAGUUAAACCCAUAUUGGAAAGGUGGAGGAACAGGGCUACCAUCUGAGAGGGAGAGUGCACAGGAAACCCGACAAGUUCAAGGUAAGUGUACUAAUACCAAUUUCGUUAUAAUCGAUAAUUCCACAAUUUCAACUUUUAAAAUUUCUUAGAGAAAACUCCUGAUGAGCUACGGUGAAAUGGGCAACAAAAACGUCCAAUUUGUUUUGCACCGCUGCUGCAAAACGAGUUUAAAAGCGAUGUUGUGACAGGUUGCAACAACCUGAUUUAUGGCAAGACAGGUUUGAAUGUGGGCGGUAAAUUGCGUAACAUCUCUAUUCUACUCGUUUUGUAGCCAUGUUGCAAAACAAGUUGUACUUUUUUUGUUGCCCGUUUUACCGUACCUGUAAGGAGUCAAAAUGUCAAGUGAGAGCGAAGCCUGCGUACAGGCGCGUCCUUCCCUCAAAAGAAAAUUGCACUUUAUCUUUUAGCAGUUUUACUGCGAAACACUGGUACGCUUUACCAGACAAUUGGCCUGCCUUGGCUGGAACUAAAGAAUUUGGCAACAGGGUUCGUGGCUUUAGAUUUUUAGAAUUUUUAUAAAUUUUGUCAUUAAAUCAUAAUUUCAGGUUAAGGUAUUUUAAAUUUUAUCAUAGUUACAUGUAUUUCAUAAUCUUAGCAAUUGAGUAAUUCAAACUUUUAACAUUAUUUUUAUAUAAACUAGCCGUAUGGCUAAGCAUAUUCACCACAUAAAAUUAAGUGUGUAUGUCUACGUAUAGAUGUCUAUUUCAGUUUCAAUGUAUUGGGCAUGAAAACACCAGCUGAUGACACCGGCCAUUUUUUACGUCUCCUUCUGGAGACGGGACCGCAAUCUCACGUGGUCAUCCGAACCUCGUGAAGGUCCAACUGUUUGCAGGGGAAAUGAAGAACCUUCAUUUCUCUGUUAUUUUUAUACCCUGAGUAAUGGUCCGGUCCCGGGAAUCGAACCCACGACCUCCGCUCUGCAGUCUAGAACUCCACCAACUGAGCUAAACCCGCCGCGGUAAAAAAUCGUGAAGAGUCCUUCUCCCAAACUUUUUAUAAGUGAGGGGGCAGCUAUGCACAGGCUUACUUGAGUGUCGUUCUUUCCUUUUUGUUUCUGUACACUAUAGUAAGUUCCAGCAGUUCACUUAGCAGUGAUUGGUUAAAGAAAGCUUAUAAGAGAGCUCAGGAACAAGCUAAAGAGGAGGGAAGAAGCUUUGCUGAUAUUGUUGCCCAGAGAUAUGGGGUAAGUAAAUGUAGCUAAACGUGGCAUAUGAUAAAACAUGGACUGGACUCAUAAAACACGGAUUACUAAAACAUGGAUUGAUAAAACGUGGAUUAAUAAAACAUGUAUUAACAAAAACAUGGAUUGAUAAGGCAAGAAAGUUUUCUUACCCGGCCAAAAAUCCAUCAAGAACGAUACUACGUGUAAGUCAACAGUGUCUUGAAGGCUAGGCUAGCUAUUCUUGAAUUUCUAAACCAGAAAUAUGCAUGUGUCUCGCACAACCUCGCCGGUUUCUUGCAUACUAUCGCUUGUCUCUCUCGCGCGUUCCGUUCUACUUUCACGCGCCUAGAACGCAGACUAACAAUAGACUUUAUUCCCGAUACCGGCUAUCUUUGCACGCUCUAAAGGAUUGAUGGGAUAAAACAAUGUCACGUGGAAUUUCAGAGGCAAACAAGUGAUAAAAUUUGCCAAUACGAGUAAUCGAGGUCGAGUUUGUUUAUGCUCUCAAAGUUUCGACAAGUUUUGCAUCAUUGCUUACUGUGAGAAUAUAUACGGUUUCUAUUGCAUCCAAAAAAGUAGCUAUUAUCGCUUCCACCCAUCGUCGUCGUUAGGGAAAAAAGUUCUUCAUUUUCUGUUGUCUACAAUAAACAAACUCGACAGCGAUUUCAUGUAUCGGCAGAUUUUAUCACUCGUUUGCCUUCUUAGAAGACACGAGACGUCACUUUUAUCCCGUGCAAAGAGAGUUCUAAAGUGAUGACGUCAUAAAAAAUUAAAUUUUUGAAAUUAUGGGAUUUGUUUAGAUAUUUUGAAAGAACAAAGGUAAUUCAUGAAAUCUGGAUUUGGAUUUCUUAUUUGAAAUCCACCCUGAGGACGGAUUUCUCCGUGGUCAAAUGCGUUUUCGGGAUUCGCGUUCGAUUGCAAAAUCUGAAAUCCGGAUUUUAAAAUCUAAAUGCGGAUUUCCGAAUCAAACGCAACCUAAAUGGCUUGUAUCGUGAAUAAGGUCUAUUGUGUUGAUCGCUGCUACAGCUUUUCAACUUAAGAUCGCUGAGAUAAAAGCCAGUCCAAGCUCAAGAAUGCUGGAUUAAUAAGUUGCUAUAAUCUUUAGGAGUGCUACAAUCUUUGUCAGAUUUGUUUUUUCGCCGAUUGUGUUUAUCAUAUGAAAAAUGAGCCUUAACGUGGUGACAUUGACGUGGUACACUGUAGGCUUGUUAAAAAAAUUCGCAUACGAGAAAGGUUGUAUCGUUCAUCGUGGCGAUAACGAGCGUCCGUAUAUAAAGGGUGCUUGUGUGUGUGUGUUUUUUUUGUUGUUGUUUUUAUUGUUGCUGUUUUUGGAAAGGGGCAUGACAUGGGUUUUCUGAGAAAGUGAUUAUUUGAGAAUUUACAGAUUUGUGUUUGUGUUUUCAGUCCAUUGGAAAACUGGAGUCAAUGAUCAAAGAAGCUGAAGAAAGGUAGAAAAUUUUACUUUAUUUUUGGCUUCUCCGUCAUUGGGACAUGUGGUUCACCUCGCAAGAAAGUGUCUUUUUUCCCUUUUUUCGGAUGAUAAAUUUCACUACUAUCUUCAUCACUGACUUUCUCACAAAUAGCGAAGCAUAGACUACCAAUUCGUACUUACAGUGUUAACUUCUCUCGCGAGACAAACAUCGCGUCUUUCGAGCUGAAGGUGGAGUCUUACUGCGAUUUUUUGAGCGGUGCCGUUGUUUUUUCUCUCAUACAUUUGACUAGCGCAGUGUCAGACCACAAACGUUAUACCAUCCAAAACGGAGUGCUGUGAAAGAUUUCAAUACACCGGUUUGUAAUGGGAAAAUAUCUUUCAGGAAGUACGGAAGUGUACAGCAUUGCACUCUAAAUAAUUGUGUUUCUCGAUACAGUUUGCAGUAACUUCCGUUUCUUAUACUUGUAUUUUCUUUCGCCACUUCCACAGCCAGGACAGCAUCCAAAAGAGUUAAACCCAUAUUGGAAAGGUGGAGGAACAGGGCUACCAUCUGAGAGGGAGAGUGCACAGGAAACCCGACAAGUUCAAGGUAAGUGUACUAAUACCAAUUUCGUUAUAAUCGAUAAUUCCACAAUUUCAACUUUUAAAAUUUCUUAGAGAAAACUCCUGAUGAGCUACGGUGAAAUGGGCAACAAAAACGUCCAAUUUGUUUUGCACCGCUGCUGCAAAACGAGUUUAAAAGCGAUGUUGUGACAGGUUGCAACAACCUGAUUUAUGGCAAGACAGGUUUGAAUGUGGGCGGUAAAUUGCGUAACAUCUCUAUUCUACUCGUUUUGUAGCCAUGUUGCAAAACAAGUUGUACUUUUUUUGUUGCCCGUUUUACCGUACCUGUAAGGAGUCAAAAUGUCAAGUGAGAGCGAAGCCUGCGUACAGGCGCGUCCUUCCCUCAAAAGAAAAUUGCACUUUAUCUUUUAGCAGUUUUACUGCGAAACACUGGUACGCUUUACCAGACAAUUGGCCUGCCUUGGCUGGAACUAAAGAAUUUGGCAACAGGGUUCGUGGCUUUAGAUUUUUAGAAUUUUUAUAAAUUUUGUCAUUAAAUCAUAAUUUCAGGUUAAGGUAUUUUAAAUUUUAUCAUAGUUACAUGUAUUUCAUAAUCUUAGCAAUUGAGUAAUUCAAACUUUUAACAUUAUUUUUAUAUAAACUAGCCGUAUGGCUAAGCAUAUUCACCACAUAAAAUUAAGUGUGUAUGUCUACGUAUAGAUGUCUAUUUCAGUUUCAAUGUAUUGGGCAUGAAAACACCAGCUGAUGACACCGGCCAUUUUUUACGUCUCCUUCUGGAGACGGGACCGCAAUCUCACGUGGUCAUCCGAACCUCGUGAAGGUCCAACUGUUUGCAGGGGAAAUGAAGAACCUUCAUUUCUCUGUUAUUUUUAUACCCUGAGUAAUGGUCCGGUCCCGGGAAUCGAACCCACGACCUCCGCUCUGCAGUCUAGAACUCCACCAACUGAGCUAAACCCGCCGCGGUAAAAAAUCGUGAAGAGUCCUUCUCCCAAACUUUUUAUAAGUGAGGGGGCAGCUAUGCACAGGCUUACUUGAGUGUCGUUCUUUCCUUUUUGUUUCUGUACACUAUAGUAAGUUCCAGCAGUUCACUUAGCAGUGAUUGGUUAAAGAAAGCUUAUAAGAGAGCUCAGGAACAAGCUAAAGAGGAGGGAAGAAGCUUUGCUGAUAUUGUUGCCCAGAGAUAUGGGGUAAGUAAAUGUAGCUAAACGUGGCAUAUGAUAAAACAUGGACUGGACUCAUAAAACACGGAUUACUAAAACAUGGAUUGAUAAAACGUGGAUUAAUAAAACAUGUAUUAACAAAAACAUGGAUUGAUAAGGCAAGAAAGUUUUCUUACCCGGCCAAAAAUCCAUCAAGAACGAUACUACGUGUAAGUCAACAGUGUCUUGAAGGCUAGGCUAGCUAUUCUUGAAUUUCUAAACCAGAAAUAUGCAUGUGUCUCGCACAACCUCGUCGGUUUCUUGCAUACUAUCGCUUGUCUCUCUGGCGCGUUCCGUUCUACUUUCACGCGCGUAGAACGCAGUCUAACAAUAGACUUUAUUCCCGAUACCGGCUAUCUUUGCAAGCUCUAAAGGAUUGAUGGGAUAAAACAAUGUCACGUGGAAUUUCAGAGGCAAACAAGUCAUAAAAUUUGCCAAUACGAGUAAUCGAGGUCGAGUUUGUUUAUGCUCUCAAAGUUUCGACAAGUUUUACAUCAUUGCUUACUGUGAGAAUAUAUACGGUUUCUAUUGCAUCCAAAAAAGUAGCUAUUAUCGCUUCCACCCAUCGUCGUCGUUAGGGAAAAAAGUUCUUCAUUUUCUGUUGUCUAGAAUAAACAAACUCGACAGCGAUUUCAUGUAUCGGCAGAUUUUAUCACUCGUUUGCCUUCUUAGAAGACACGUGACGUCACUUUUAUCCCGUGCAAAGAGAGUUCUAAAGUGAUGACGUCAUAAAAAAUUAAAUUUUUGAAAUUAUGGGAUUUGUUUAGAUAUUUUGAAAGAACAAAGGUAAUUCAUGAAAUCUGGAUUUGGAUUUCUUAUUUGAAAUCCACCCUGAGGACGGAUUUCUCCGUGGUCAAAUGCGUUUUCGGGAUUCGCGUUCGAUUGCAAAAUCUGAAAUCCGGAUUUUAAAAUCUAAAUGCGGAUUUCCGAAUCAAACGCAACCUAAAUGGCUUGUAUCGUGAAUAAGGUCUAUUGUGUUGAUCGCUGCUACAGCUUUUCAACUUAAGAUCGCUGAGAUAAAAGCCAGUCCAAGCUCAAGAAUGCUGGAUUAAUAAGUUGCUAUAAUCUUUAGGAGUGCUACAAUCUUUGUCAGAUUUGUUUUUUCGCCGAUCGUGUUUAUCAUAUGAAAAAUGAGCCUUAACGUGGUGACAUUGACGUGGUACACUGUAGGCUUGUUAAAAAAAUUCGCAUACGAGAAAGGUUGUAUCGUUCAUCGUGGCGAUAACGAGCGUCCGUACAUAAAGGGUGCUUGUGUGUGUGUGUUUUUUUUGUUGUUGUUUUUAUUGUUGCUGUUUUUGGAAAGGGGCAUGACAUGGGUUUUCUGAGAAAGUGAUUAUUUGAGAAUUUACAGAUUUGUGUUUGUGUUUUCAGUCCAUUGGAAAACUGGAGUCAAUGAUCAAAGAAGCUGAAGAAAGGUAGAAAAUUUUACUUUAUUUUUGGCUUCUCCGUCAUUGGGACAUGUGGUUCACCUCGCAAGAAAGUGUCUUUUUUUCCUUUUUUCGGAUGAUAAAUUUCACUACUAUCUUCAUCACUGACUUUCUCACAAAUAGCGAAGCAUAGACUACCAAUUCGUACUUACAGUGUU